AUGAUCGCUGCUUCACUGAAAUGUGCUGUAACGAAGGAAAAAUCACUCAUGUGCCACACGCCGCAAACAUGCAACUUCGGCAACUUGCACACGUUUGCCGGGCUUGCCUCAGCACCACUGGCACUCCUCGACACAAAGAACAAAGGUCCGACCAUUUUUGUGCUCUUCCUUGCCCAUUGUGACGUCCUAGGCGCUGUAACAGAUCACAACCAAAGAACACAGACUCCUCGAAACUCGUUUCUCACAACAUCUUCAUAUUAUCGUCCGUCCAACCGGCAUUCAAAGUGGAGGGACAGCAUGUAUGGCCAGGCUAAGAAUUGCGCUGGCGACAUCCAAACACCAUCAAGACAGUCGGAUAAACUUCAACUCUCCGCCAUUACUAACGUUCCCACAGACAAGAAUAGGGAUGACGUCCGCGAUAACGACAUAUCAGUGGAUACAACCCAAGAAAGCGCCCAGACGCCCCAAGAAAGAAAGAACAAAUCUCGAACGACGACCCCCGACACGGUGCGGGAACAAGACCUGUACGCAAGUCAACUGCUUCUCAAAGGGAAUGGGUAUCCGCUUUGGGACCCGCAGCCCAAGCGCCACUUUGGUGAGCGGUCCUUUCCGGCAGGCGUUGCCAUCGGAGAUGUAGGAAUCAUUACUGCUGACGGCGGUUUCGAUUUUCUCUUCAACAUUUGUGUGCCCGCCGGCCACCCUAUCAACCCCCGAGAUCUUCCCAGCUCCUUUUCUCCGCUGUCUCCGCAGCUUUCCCAUACCGAUAUUUGUGAAUUCCAAGAAUAUGCUCCUGGUGAAUAUCUUGCCAGUGCUUCCGUCGAAAGGGUUUCUUCCAAUAAUGGACUUGCAUUUGAAUGCUCUGGUUCUGAGGGCGCUAUCCUGAUUCUGCCCGAUGGCUCCUAUCAUCGAGAUCUCGUUCACAGUGCCUUUGCCCGCUUCAGAGGCUAUGGCUUGCAAAAUGCACAGGCUUGGUAUAGGUACAUAUCUAAAACCUAUGGUAACAUUAAGAAUGGAGACUUGCAUCUGGUUACUGGGUUUGACAGAGCACCAUCAUGUGGACUAGCUGUCUACAAGAAUUCUGGCAUCCAGAAAAGCUUGCUUAGCUUCCAAGGAUCUAUUGGAACUGAGCACUGGGAAUACUCUGCAGGUGCAAAUUAUGUUAGGUCCAAGUUUGUGGAAAAGGCAAGGGAACCAUCUGUGGCAGGUAUUAGUGGAAGGUCAGAAAGUCUAUGUCUCUUUGUUCGCACCUUCACCAUCACGGUUGCUAAGAGUGCAUGGAAUGACAUCUGUCCUGGGAUUUCGGAGAGGGCUUUUUCUGGACUAGGGGCUACACUUCCUCUUGGAUCUUUCUCUGAUUCCUGUGAUUUCAAAGUUUCUGGCCUUCCACUCUCCCUGAUACCAAAUGCACUUGUUGCAAUCACUCAUGACAGAGAUUGGUACACUGUCCUUCAGAAGGGUGAUAACAUGAUUCCAGGAGCUGCCCCUCUAUCCAAACAAAUCUAUGAUUCAAACAAAAUUUGUGAAGAGAAAAAUGCAGUCUUCUUUGAAUGGAAGAAAGAAUCAACACCAAUUAAGAGGGAGAGUUCUCCAGCUCUUGUGGUGGACACAGAGAUAACAGUGGGAAAGUCUCGCCAGGAGCUUGAAAAAUCCCUCGCUAAGAACAACUCUGUCUCUGAUCAUGCUCUUGUGCUUCACUCGCUUGCUUACUCUCUCCUUGCGGCCUCCCGCGGCUUGAAGGACCGAAGUCCUACAGAAUCUGUUAAAUUCAUGGAUGAGGCUAUUAAGAAUCUUCUUGAAGUGCUACGUCUGCGCUCACGUAAUGAUCCUGAGCGCCCUGCCUCGCUCCAUCUUCUUGCAACAACAAUCUGGACUCGAUACCAGUUGUGGAAUCAACGGGAUGAUGUUGACUUGGCGAUUCGGCACUACAGAGAUGCGCUUGCCUUACGCCCUCAAGAGUGCGGGUACCUUAGCGACCUUGCAACUGCACUCUGGACUCGGUAUAACCUCUCACGCCACAGUAAAGAUCUGGAGGAAGCCAUCACAAACUACAGGACAGCUGUCUCCAGGCGCGCCAAAAAUCAUCCCGGGCUUCCGUUACUCCUUGGCAACCUCGCAACUGCGCUCUGGACUCGCUACACGCAGUUUAAGCAGCCCGCCGAUAUGGAAUCUGCUAUAGCGAAUCUGCGCAAUGCAUCGCUUUCCUAUCCGCACCCAUGCGACAGCCGAGCUCUAAGCAACCUUGGAAAUAUCUUACUCGCUCGCUUCGACAGAGACAAUUAUGAAGGGGAUCUCGAGGAGGCAAUUGCUGUCUACCGCAGCGCCCUCGAGCAGACCUCUGCUUCUUCUCACACACGUUCCGAAUUCCACAGUAAUCUCGCCGACUCUAUUUAUCGCAGAUAUGAACUCGCAGGGCAUACGAAAGACUUGAACGAAGCUAUCAAGCUCUAUAGUGAACUGCUCGAGCUCCCCCCACCUCGUCACCGAGAUCGAAUCACUUCUUUAAUUAUUGUUGCAGAGAGCCUGGAAGCUCGAUACACACGAUUCCGAAAGCCAGAGGAUCAGGAGAAAGCAUAUGGAUAUUACCGCUCCGCUCUUGAAAUUUGUUCAUCCCGCGAGCCUCGUCGCCUCAAUCUGCUCGAGAUUCUCUCGGCGGCUGAUUUGGCACAUUUCCGGGAGACUGGCCGCGUGGCAGCGUUGGAUGCCGCGGUCAGGUAUAGUCGCGAGGCACUGUCCCUUCAGUCUCCGGACGGUUCAGCCCGUUACAAAUCGCUCAUGACCACGUUGGUUGUCUGUUUGAAAGCACGUUAUGAGAAGUUACGUCGAGGAGAGGACAAGGAAGAGGCAAAGGUGUACGAACGAGAGAUGCGCAGAUCACUGCGUCCUUCAUAUGGAAAUGCCCGAGAUCUCGGGCGACCUCAGAUGCUAGUAACGUCAGGAGUUCCAACUGGUGGAACGACAGGGUUUACUGUGGGUGAUACGGUACAUGCUGGUCAUGGGACUCAUGGCACCUACCCCCGCGGAAUUCACUGGCAGAAACCAGUCUCCACGUAG